ACGGCCAGUAGCUUACCAGAAUAUCUGUUUGGAAUUGUUUUGUCGGUGCAUUGAGUUUAUUCAUAACAAAGAAGGAGAUCGUCAAGUAAAGACGAAUUGUAUCGUACAGAAUAUUUGUCUGUUUUGACAUAUAACAAUGGAGAUACGUGUUGUGCUUUUAUUGCUGAUCUUUAGUGGGAGUGUUUUUGGAAAAGUAGCUUGGAAUAAGAAAUAUGAUGAUAAUUAUAGUGAGAAUCCUAACGAAAUAAAAUGGAAGGAAUCCUCGGAUCCUGAUGAAGUGUAUAAGCGAGAAAAGCAAAAUGCCGAGGAUCUCAAUGAUCACGAGAAUAUAAAGAAUUAUGAUGAUAAUAAUUAUAGAAAGAAUUCUAACGAAAUAAAAUGGAAGGAAUCCUCGGAAAAUGAUAUACACCUAUAUCAUGAUAUAAUUCGCGAUGAUAAUAAUCAUAAGAAUAAGAAGAAUUCUAAGGAAAUGGAGAAAUGUUCGAAAUGCUCGAAUGACAGUGGUUCUAGCAUUAUAUUUAACAAACCUGGCAAAAUUGUUAAAGUAUAUACCAGUAUAUACCAGAAAAUAUUUUGGAUAAUCAUGAAAAAAAUAUGUUUCUUCAUAUCUAUUCCAUAUAAAAUUAAAAAAUGGAUAUUUUGUUUAUGGGUCAAAAUUAUUGUGAAAUAUAUAUCUAGUAUAAAAUUUAUCUAUUGUAAAUAUUUAUCUAUUAUAAAAAAGAUAUCUUGUUUAUUGAUCAGAUGUAUUGUGAAAUAUAUAUCUAUUAUAAAAUUUAUCUAUUAUAAAUAUUUAUCUAUUAUAAAAAAGAUAUUUUGUUGGAUCACAAAAAUUCCAUUUAUUUUAAAAAUGGGUUCCCACAAAAUUGUUUAAGGAAAAGAAGAUGAUUAACAUCCUCUACAAUGUGAUACCGAGUCAGUUGAGACAACCGCUUUCCAGGCUAAAUGACUUCCACUAUUAGCAUCGCAAUAUGUCGCUGCUUUACUAUGUAUAUCCAAUUGCGAUGAUUCUUAUCAUCGUUAAUCGAAAGAUAUGUCUCUUUGCGUUUAUGUUGAAUAUAUUAUAUAAAAUAUAUUAUAUGCUGGCACGCAUAUAUAUACCGAGACAAUUAUUUCGACAAUUAUAAUAAACGAACAGCAUGCAAAACAAA